UCCUGUCACUGGUUGUCACCAGAAGAGCCUGGCUCCAUCCUCCUGACACUCCCCCUUUCCAUCUUGAUCCCCAGGAAUGAGUCCCCCCCUCAGUCUCCUCUUGUCCAGCUCCAGAGCCCCAGCUCCCUCAGCCUUUCCUCACACGGGAGAUGCUCCACUCCCUUCAGCAUCUUCGUUGCAUCUUCACUCUCCCAGUGAGGCCAUGCUGGGUCCCCAUCCUGCCCUGGGCUCAGGAUGUGUCACCCCGGGGGGUCCCAGUGGGGGUCCCCAGGUGGGAUGUCCUUGUACAUGGGGCCAGGCUGGAGGUGUCCCCAGCUCCCUCACCUGGGGGGGUGCCCAAGGAAGUGCUGUCCCCUGUCCUUGCUCCAGAUGGUGUCCCCAUCCGUCCCCAUCAUUGUCGCUGUCACCCUCCCAUGGUCUGCGCAGUGCAGUGGGGUGACAGGAAGCCGUGGUGUCACAGCGAGACACAGCCUGUGUGACAAGGGACUGGGAGGCUUUGGAGACACCGACGCUUUGGGGACAAGGCCAGCCUGGGGACAGGGACCCCUCAGGGAGAGGCACACCCUGGGGACACAGCCCCUCCGAGCAGGGUGGCUGGGCUGGCGCAGGGAUGUGGGGGCUCGGUGUCCUCAUCCUGCUCCUUGGCGCAGCGGGAGCCCUGCAGGUGAGCCAGGACCCGGGAGAGGUGCAGGUGACGGCAGGUGACGAGGUGGCCCUGGGGUGCCGGGUGCUGGUGGCUGAACCCUGGGACCUGCUGCGGCUGGAGUGGGUGUGGGACACAGCACACAGGGUGCUGUGUGCCACCCGCCUGCGCCCCACCACCCCUGUCCCCUCGUCCCCUUGCGCCCCCCGGCUCUGCCUGGCCUGGAACCCCCCCUGUGCCACCCUCAGUGUCCUCCAGGCACGGGGGGAAGACGCCGGGCGCUACCUCUGCCGGGUCACCCUCGAGAUCCCCCGUCUCGGCACGGCCAUCGGGAACGGCACCCUGCUCAAUGUCACCGCAGGGCUUGUGUGGGGCCUGGGGGGCGGCUUGGGGGGCACAGCCCUGCUCCUGGGGCUGGCCCUCCUUGGCCACCGGUGCUGGCGCAGGGACCCAGAAACAAGCAUCUACAUGAACACACUGCCCUCCUUGGCUGGGGUCCCCAAGAAGCUGCCGUCACCCCACACAGUGAUGGAGAACAGCACAUACCAGGGGGGGCUGUAGGGCGCAUGGGGCCCCCCCAGCACCCCCCGGCCCUGAGCUGGUCCCCAGUGUGUCACCAGCCCUGGGGGGAAACACCCCCCUGGUUCUGUCUUUCUGCAGGAAAUCCCCCCAAAAAAGCUGUUUUGCAGCAUCCUGCCACCCCGCUCUGUGUCUCCUGUGCGGCGCCCACAGCACCCCCCACAUCCGGUGCCCCCCCGGUGCACCCAGCCUGUCCCGCCGGGCGUGGGUCGGGAGGGGUGGGGCAGAAGGCUCCAGGGCCCCCCCGCCCUGUUUUGGGGAAGUCACUCUGUGGUCUGGUGGCCUCGUUUUGUGUCGGCACCCAGCACGCAAUGCCUGCACCCUCCAGUACGGACCCCCCCGCGGGGGCAGUGUCAUUGUCAUCCC